CUGUUUACUGGCGCACAGUCAGACAGUGGGAACCCGAAAGAGACGAAUGGCGUCGCCUCCACGGACUUGGGGUGGGGGGGGUGAAACAAGAAGUUAAUGGCUGAUGUUGACGGCGUUUAACGUUUGCACCCCUGCAGAUGACGGCUAGCUUCAUAACGAGCUCGCAUUCGGGAUCAUUUUAAUUUCCAGCUGCGGUUUUCCGUUAGUCUCUUGUUUUCCACCUUCAAUUUGGGACAGAGCCGUGGAAGACUUGGAAAGGAGGGGGGAAUGUCAGUUUCGAAAAAGAGGGAAGACGAAUCGCACGGCGUGUUUCUCCGGAGCGCAUCCUGAAGGCUUCCUUGGGAUGUGAUCGGGGCUUGUUUUUUUUUUUUUUUUUAAUUAUUUUUUUUUAACUCGGUUAUUUCUUCGUGGAGAGGGAGGGCGGGCAGCCGGACCGCCGUUGUAUAUAAAUCGCGGCGACCCGCGGUUCUGCGAAACGUGUCCCGAGUUUAGGGUCCGCAUAGAAAAUCUUGGAGAAAUAUUGCGUAUAUAAAAUAAUUCGUGAUAUUUCAAUUAAGAAUUAUUACUCAGUCAGGGAUCUAGGGGAUUUCUAAGGGGAGUCGCAAAUAGCCCCGACCCACCGUGUGUAGGGUUCCGAACUGCGCUGCCUAAUCCGGCAGGUAAACGGUGACCGGGAGUCUCUCACGGUUUCUCUGGCUUGGUACCGGUUAACCGUAACGGUCUGGACCUGGUUUCCCGCCGGGCUGAGGGCUAUCUCUGCAGUCCGUCGUUUAUCCCCUCGGGCGAACUCCACAGGCGAAAGUGGAGAGCAGCCACAGGCGAGGCUGAGACCAGUCUGAUGCUAAAGCGAGACCGAGAGACGGCUACCGCGCGUUAGCCCGCCGGCUAGCUGGCCGAUCUCGGUUGUGCGAAGCGUGUCUCUAUCCCGCCACCUCCGCUGCCUUCGUUUUUUGGGCAAGGAGAGCAUUUAUUUAUCGUGCUUUUUUAUUGAACGGGCUCGGGUAGUGAAUGUGAACGGCCGACUUUCUGGCGUCACGAUCCUGAGUCUCAAACGGCUAGGCUAAGGCGAGACAGGCUAGCUAGGCUAGGCUAAGGCCAGACAGGCUAAGCGAGGCUAGGCUAAGCUAGCGAGAAGUGACAGCAUGCGGCCGGAGAACUCCGCCGCCGUCCUGCUCACCGUCCUGUACCUCCUGUCCAGCUGCGGACACACCGCCGGAGAAAUCUGUCAAAGCAAGAACAUCAAGAACAAUGUGACCAACCUCCAGACCCUGAAGAACUGCACGGUGAUCGAGGGCUACCUGAAGAUCCUGCUAAUGUUCAAGACCAAGCCUGAGGACUUCCGGGGCCUUCAGUUUCCACGGCUCACCGUCAUCACAGACUACCUGCUGCUCUUUCGCGUCUAUGGCCUAGAGAGCCUGCGUGACCUCUUCCCCAAUCUCACCGUCAUCCGCGGCAACAACCUGUUCUUCAACUAUGCCCUGGUGCUCUUCGAGAUGCUCCAGCUGAAGGACUUGGGCCUCCCCAACCUCAUGAACAUCACACGUGGGGCCGUGCGCAUCGAGAAGAACCCAGAUCUCUGCUACCUGUCCACCCUGGACUGGUCUAAGGUCCUGGACAACGUUGAGGAUAACUACAUUGUAGCAAACAAGAAUGACCAGGAGUGUGGGGAUGUUUGCCCGGGAGCGGCAAAGGGGAAGAGCAGCUGCCUCCAGACCACCAUCAAUGGGCACUUCCGAGACCGAUGCUGGACCCAGGAUGACUGCCAGAAAAUGUGUCCGACUUCAUGCAAGCACAACGCCUGCACCAGGGAUGGCCAGUGCUGCCACGAGCAGUGCCUGGGGGGGUGCCGGCAGCCACACUCGGCGGCGGCGUGCGUGGCGUGCCGGGGUUUGGAGCACCAGGACCGGUGUGUGGAGCGCUGUCCCGCCGGCUACCUGGUGUUCCGAGGGUGGCGCUGUGUUUCUGAGGCCUUCUGCUACCGGCUGCACCAGCAGUGCCAGCAGAACAAGGGCGCCGACUGCCAGGAGUACGUCAUCCACCAGGGGGCGUGCGUACCCGAGUGCCCGUCCGGAUACACCAUCGUCAACACCACCAUGCUAAGCUGCACACCCUGCGCCGGCCUGUGCCCCAAGGUGUGCGUGGGCACCAAGAUCGUGGACUCAGUGACGGCGGCCCAGGGGCUUCGUGGUUGCACCGUGCUCAACGGCAGUCUGGUCAUCAACAUCCGCGGAGGGAACAACAUAGCAGCUGAGCUGGAGGCCAGCCUGGGCCAGCUGGAGGAGAUCACAGGCUACCUGACAGUGCGGCGCUCCUACGCCCUGGUCUCCCUCACCUUCCUGCGCAAACUCCGCCUCAUCCGUGGGGAAACCCAGGAAGUUGGGAACUACUCGUUCUACGCCCUGGACAACCAGAACUUGCGGCAGCUGUGGGACUGGUCCAAACACAACCUGACCAUCCCGCAGGGUCGCCUGUUCUUCCACUAUAACUCCAAGCUGUGCAUGUCAGAGAUCCGCCGCAUGGAGGAGGUGACGGGUAUGCGUGAGCGACAGGUCACGAACGACAUCGCGCAGAAGACCAACGGAGACCGGGCUUCGUGUGAGACCCAGACCCUGAGGUUCACGCAAGUGCGCACACUGUCCGACAAGAUCAUUAUCAAGUGGGAGCCCUUCUGGCCGCCGGACUUCCGGGAUCUGCUGGGGUUCAUGGUCCUAUACAAGGAGGCGCCCUACCAGAAUGUGACCGAAUUUGACGGCCAAGACGCCUGCGGCUCCAACAGCUGGGUGAUCGCGGACGUGGACCCCCCGCCCCGUACCACGGACGGUCGCGAGCAGCAGGAGCCUGGCUAUCUCAUCCACCCACUGAAGCCCUGGACGCAGUAUGCCAUCUUUGUCAGGACGCUGCUGUCCGCCUCUGACGAGCACCAAGUCCACGGGGCCAAGAGCAAUAUCAUCUAUGUCCGGACCAACUCCACCAAGCCCUCUGUGCCCCUGGAUCCCAUCUCCUCAUCGAACUCCUCAUCCCAGAUCAUAUUGAAGUGGAAGCCCCCCACGGACCCCAAUGGAAACAUCACGCACUAUCUGGUGUUCUGCCAGCAGCAGCCCGAGGCCAGUGACCUCUACAAGUUCGACUACUGUCAGAAGGGCAUGAAGCUGCCGUCGCGGGCGCCGACCCAGGAGGACAGAGAGGAGGCACAGAAGUGGAACCAGACGGAGGAGCAGGGGUCAGGGGGGCGCUGCUGCAGCUGUCCGAAGACGGAGAAGCAGCUGAAGAAGGAGGCGGAGGAGUCCGAGUACCGCAAGACUUUCGAGAACUACCUGCACAAUGAGGUCUUUGAGCUCAGACCCCCCAGGCGUCGUCGCUCCGUGGGUGGGGUGGCCAAUGCCACGCUCCUGGGGCUCCCCACGGCGCCCCCCAAUGGCUCUCUGCCCCAUCUCCCGGACGACGAGGGUGGGGGCGACGAACCGGGGAAGGUGGAGCUGUUCGUGUACUCUAAGGAGUCAGCGGUCAUCUCUAACCUACGCCACUUCACCAGCUACCAGAUUGAGAUCCACGCCUGCAACCACCCCACGGAGUCAUCUCGCUGCAGCAUGGCCGCCUACGUCAGUGCCCGCACCAUGCCCGAAGACCGGGCUGAUGACAUUGUGGAGCCCAUCACCUUCGAGGUGCUGGAGUACCAGCUCCACGAGUACCAGGUGCACGUCCGCUGGCAGGAGCCACACACUCCCAAUGGCAUGAUCAUCCUGUACGAGGUGGUGUACAGGAGGCACGGCGACUCGGAGGACCUGCACCAGUGCGUGUCCAGGAAGAGCUACGCAGCAGACGGUGGCUGCAAGCUCAGGGUGCUGCACCCCGGCAAUUACACCGUGAGGAUCCGGGCCACCUCACUGGCGGGCAACGGCUCCUGGACCGAGCCGGCACAGUUCUUCGUUCAGGAUCUGCGUGCAGACCCGUUCAACAUGGUGAAGAUCGUGACUGGACCCGUCAUCUGCAUUAUACUGCUCCUAGUUGUGGCCACCUCCGGCUUCCUGGUAUUCAAAAAGAAGAGAACGGAGGGGCCGACCGGACCUCUCUACGCGUCCUCCAACCCCGAGUACCUGAGUGUCAAUGACGUGUAUGUGCCGGAUGACUGGGAGGUGGCGCGGGAGAAAAUUGCGCUGCUGCGGGAGCUUGGCCAGGGCUCCUUCGGCAUGGUGUAUGAGGGUGUCGCCAAGGACAUCGUCAAGGGGGAGCCGGAGACCCGCGUGGCCGUGAAGACUGUCAAUGAGUCGGCCAGCCUCCGGGAGCGCAUCGAAUUCCUCAAUGAGGCAUCUGUUAUGAAGGCCUUCAGCUGUCACCACGUGGUUCGCCUACUGGGCGUGGUCUCCAAGGGGCAGCCCACACUGGUGGUGAUGGAGCUCAUGACUCACGGAGACCUGAAGAGUUACCUGCGCAGCUUACGGCCUGAUGCAGAGAACAACCCGGGCCGGCCCCCGCCCACCCUAAAGGAGAUGAUCCAGAUGGCCGGCGAGAUCGCCGACGGCAUGGCCUACCUCAACGCCAAGAAGUUCGUCCACCGUGACCUGGCCGCCAGGAAUUGCAUGGUGGCUGAGGACUUGACGGUGAAGAUUGGAGACUUCGGCAUGACCAGGGACAUCUACGAGACAGACUACUACCGCAAGGGGGGCAAGGGGCUGCUGCCCGUCAGGUGGAUGGCGCCGGAGUCACUGAAGGACGGCGUGUUCACCGCCCACUCGGACUGCUGGUCCUUCGGUGUGGUACUCUGGGAGAUCAGCACACUGGCAGAACAACCCUACCAGGGUCUGUCCAAUGAGCAAGUACUCAAGUUUGUCAUGGAUGGAGGCUUCCUGGACCGGCCGGACAACUGCGCCGAUCGACUGCAUAACCUGAUGCAGAUGUGCUGGCAGUACAACCCCAAGCUGAGGCCCACCUUCCAGGAGGUGAUCGAGAUGCUGAAGGAGGACCUGCACCCCAGCUUCCAGGAAGUCUCCUUCUUCUACAGUGAGGAGAACAAGCCGCCAGACAGUGAGGACUUCGACAUGGACCUGGAGAACAUGGAGAGCAUCCCCCUGGACCCGUCCUCAUACUCCCAGCGCGAGGGCAGCCUGGGCAGGGAGGGAGGGCCGUCGGUAGGACUGCGGGGCAGCUACGAGGAGCACGGGUCCUAUACACACAUGAACGGGGGCAGGAAGAACGGGCGCAUCCUGUCCCUACCCAGAUCGAGCCCGUCAUAACAGCUUCACCCCCCCCAAACCCCCCCCCCCAUUCUCGGGCCCCACUAACCAGAUCUCAGGACUCACUUGCUGUCAGCUGCCACAGGACGACGACCCCAGAUGCAACCAUUUUUAUAUCCAGAGAAGAAGUGUGACCUUCUCAAGAUCAUCUUCCCUCGUUUUAACUUUUGCCAAGUCUGUAAAACUGUUGGAUGGAUUCAACUGUGAAAGUUACUGUAGUCAGUAGGUAUGGCCCCCGCCCCCAGACACGUAGCUGCCCAGCUUGGGUGGAGAUGAUGAACUUGGAUUGGCAGUGAACAGGAAGUUCGGGUUUGGGCGUCGUCCCGCUAGGCAAGGAGAGCUCAACGGGACUGCGGGACGGACCGGGUACAGCUGCAACCGACCGUCUUCGAACAAAGUUUCUCGAGAGAGGGAGACUUUUCUCUAAUACAGACAGUAUUCCAGAUUUCUCACUGAUUCAGUAGCUUUUUUUUGGUUAUUAGUUUUUAAUUUAUUUACUUUUUCGUUCUCUCUUCAGUUUGUCUGUUAUGAAAUUACAGCUGAAUAUUUAAACUUUUAAGGAAAUUGGACAACAGAGUCCCAUGACUGACCAAUAGCUGCUGCUCUGAUAUUUUUUAGUGGGUAAAAAAAGAAUCAUAUAUAUAUAGACGUUUUUGUACAUAGAUGAUAUUUUUAAUGUUUUCAUUUACGAAGCUUUACAGGUUGUAGGGAUGUUUUUACAUUUCUGUCUUUGAUCGUUCAUUUUUCUAAUCCAAAAGGAGGGAAAAAUCGUACUAAUGCUUGUGAGCCUCUGUGUCGUGGGCGCCGCACCCCCUGCUUGCUUGGCGGAUCUUGGCUCUGCGACCUCGAGCGGCUGGAACUCCGUGUGUAAACCCGAGCGAGGUGCCCCGACCCAGGAGCCGAGUGUCGCGUCCUUCCUGUCUGUCCCCGAGCGCCGAGUGCUGUACCCACGUCGGUGUUUGCAAAGUCACGAUGCUGCCGAUUUGAACAAUGCAUCAUGUUGUGUUACAGACAAGGGAUGGUUUUCAUUAAAGCAUACCUCUGACCUUCCGCCUUCGUUUUGUUUGGUCUUAGAACUGUCCUAGCCCCCCCGUCAUCGGUUAUAACUGUGUAUAGUAAUUAUCAGCAUCGUCUGAAAUACCUCUGAAUAUUCUGCCGUUGGCUCCAUGGGUAAACAGUUGCGUUGUAUUCCGUGAUCCUCUGGUUGUUUUCUGAUCGCCGAAAGCUAAGCGCCCCCUCGCCGACUGCUCGUUGAUCUGCCCCUGGAUGGUACCGUCAUUCUUGCUCUCAGGACCGGCUUUGCUUUCACGCACUGUGAUGACACUCUUAGCCCAGCAGAGGGCGCUGUUUGCAGAAGCGCUGUCGGGAAGCAGAGGUCCUUAUUACAGGCGCCCUGGUAAAACCCCAUGUUACAAGACACGUGGGUUUCGGGGUGGCAAACCUGGGGUUCCCUUCCUAGCGUGUUUUUCGUUUGUGCGUUUGAUAUUAAUAGAUUUUACUGACCCAGGUUUUCCAAAUCAAGUUCGUUUCUGAAAGUCUAACAUUUUGACCUUUUGGGAUGCAGGUCUAUUCAUAUCGUUAACUAAAGCAAACGGGACGAAAAGCCGUUUUGUUUCACCUCAUAUUUUACAGUUCGUUUACUCGCCCAGUCGAUUUCAAAUGGACGCUGCUUGGAGCAGAUGGUUCUUAGAAGUUAUAUGGUCUUCAGGUGUCGGUGUUGACGUUACUCUUGGAUAGAAAUUCUUCCCCAAACCCUCUACUUAAAUAAAACACAACUAGAUCACACUUAAGUGGGAUUUUACACUGAAAGUAACGCCGGAACUGAACCAGGUGACGUGGGUUCGAGGAGCAGAAGCUUCGUAACACCUUCAGCCUGAUCAGCUGGGAGCAUCAGCCGCAGUUACGGCACACACCAAACCCGAUGUAACUCGCUGAUUUUAGAUCUCUGUUGAGGAACAUGGAUAAAAUAGUCUGUUAGGUAACCUGGUCAAAUGCCCAGUCGUCGUUAAUGUUAGAUGCAGAAGACAAUAACAUCUUCCACACUGUGUUCCCGGUCAUGGUUCAAUGAAAUAUUUUUAUUCGGUAUAUUAUAUAAACCAUGCUGCUGCAUGCCGCCUCAUAUAAUCUGACAUGGGGGGUAUUUAAUCACCUUUUAUUAAAGUUACCAGUGUAUAAACCUAUAGACCAGCUGUGUCCAUUACAUUUCUAAUCUCCAUAAUAUGAUUAAAACUUGCGAAAGGCCAUAUUACCUAGCCUGUCCUCGCCUUUAAAGAUUUAAGCUUGUUCUCGUCAUUGGCGUUUGGGAUUUAAUUUACAAAACACAAAUGUCUAAGUAAAAUAUCCUCAGUCAUGGCAGUUUACAAUAGCAGGCAUUUUACUGUAAUCUUGCCGUGUAGAGUUAAUGCAGCUCAGCGAGUUUCAUCGGCACAGCCGGGAUUUUCUCCCGAAAUAUUACAUUUCGGCAAUUUGUGUCCCCGUUUCCCUGUGCAUGUGACAUUGCUAGUUAGUUGCCCGAAGUUGGCAACGCAGAAAAACAUCCUUCCAUCCCACUGUCCCACGCAGUCGAGUGUCCGAGUCCGCGUUUACACAACCAGACCAAAGGUUUCUAGCGCCUGUGCGUGUUUCCCGAAGCAGUUCUGCUGUUUUUAAUGGUUGCAAUAGCUUUAUUUAAAAUUUCCCGUAUUCUCCAAGCGCUGCUCCUCUACAUUUUUCGUGCACCCGUGUGCAAAAUACCUCUGUUUGAUUUAGGAUGUAUAAGUCAUAUUCUCUGUCUGAACCUUGUGCACAGUAUGGGCUAAAUGUAUGUAUUUGUUCCGACCAUGACGUCACACACGUACGCGUACGUGAGCGAUCGCACGUGACACGCGUACUUGUCCGCCACCGAAAUGUGCCAUGAUACGGAAACGCCAGAUGAUUUAUUUUUCUGCCUCUCGUUUUUUGUUCUAAGUAGAGCCAAGCAGUAACAUGUACAAACUGUGUGGAUCUAUGUUGUAUGUAAAUUAUUCCACAGAUACGUGUUUCUAUUGAAAGUAUGAAUAAAGCUGUUGAACGUUG